CUUGAAGAGCAAAUACUGGGUCAAUGAGCAAAGAUAUGGAGGAAUUUCUAUAGGAGGAAGGCUCCCAGUCCUUCAUGUUUCUGGAGAUCAAGUUGUCAAUUUCUUAAGUGAUCUUGGCCGAAUGAUGAAUGUGACAGGAGGACCAACUUCACUGGCUGCUGCUAAAGAAAUGUCUGAUUUCCUUAAAUACAUGGAAACUGAAGAUAAUAUUAAGGUGUGGUUUAACAAUAAAGGCUGGCAUGCUAUGGUUAGUUUCCUUAAUGUAGCAAAUAAUGCAAUCCUUAGAGCUAACCUGCGGACUGGCCAAGCCCCUGAGGAGUAUGGGAUUACUGCUGUAAACCAUCCUCUGAACCUUACUAAGGAGCAACUCUCUGAAGUCACUGUGCUGACCACUUCAGUGGAUGCUGUUGUUGCCAUCUGUGUGAUUUUUGCCAUGUCUUUUAUACCAGCUAGCUUUGUUUUAUACCUGAUUCAAGAACGUGUAACAAAAGCCAAGCAUCUACAGUUUGUCAGUGGUGUGAGCCCUGCGAUCUACUGGCUAACUAACUUCGUGUGGGACAUAGUGAAUUAUGCACUGAGUGCUGGAAUGGUUGUGGUUAUAUUCGCUGGAUUCAACAAGAAAGCAUACACUUCUCCAACUAAUCUCCCUGUGCUUAUUGCCUUGCUGCUUCUGUAUGGAUGGGCAGUAAUUCCCAUGAUGUACCCUGCUUCUUCUUUCUUCAGUGUCCCUAGCACUGCUUACGUUGCAUUGUCUUGCAUUAAUCUCUUUGUGGGUAUCAACAGCAGUGCCAUUACAUUCAUCCUGGAGCUAUUUGAAAAUAACCCGUUUAAUAAAACAUUGAAAAAUGUGCUGAUUGUCCUCCCGCAUUUUUGCCUGGGCCGUGGACUCAUUGACUUGGCCAUGAACCAGGCUGUGACUGAAGUAUAUGCCAGGUUUGGUGAGGAGCAUGUUUCCAAUCCUUUCCAGUGGGACUUUGUUGGAAAGAACCUGGUUGCCAUGGCUGUUCAAGGAGUUGCAUUCUUCAUGCUGAAUCUCCUUAUGCAGCACCGUUUGUUCUCCACAAGAUGGUUUGUUCAGAGUGCCAUGUCACCUAUUAUUAUUGGUGAAGAUGAGGAUGUUGCAGAAGAAAGAAAAAGAAUUAUGAAUGGAGGGAACAAAACAGAUAUCUUAGAAUUACAAGAACUGACCAAGAUUUAUGCAGGUAGGCACAAGCCUGCAGUGGACAGACUCUGUGUUGGCAUCCGUCCAGGAGAGUGCUUUGGUCUUUUGGGAGUGAAUGGUGCUGGCAAAACAACAACCUUCAAAAUGCUGACUGGAGAUUCUGAUGUGACAUCUGGAGAUGCUGUAGUGGCUGGCAAUAGUAUAUUGACCCACAUUUCUGAUGUCCAUCAAAACAUGGGAUACUGCCCUCAGUUUGAUGCCAUUGAUGACCUGCUCACAGGACGAGAACAUCUCUACUUAUAUGCACGUCUGCGGGGGGUUCCAGCAGAGGAAAUCAAGAGGGUUGCUGAAUGGGGCAUCCAGAAGCUGGGACUUCCUAUGUAUGCAGACCAUCUGGCUGGUACCUACAGUGGUGGCAACAAGCGCAAGCUCUCCACUGCCAUUGCACUGAUAGGCUGCCCACCACUCAUCUUGCUAGAUGAACCGACUACUGGAAUGGACCCUCAGUCCCGGCGCCUCCUGUGGGACUCUAUUGUCAGCGUGCUCAGAGAUGGGCGAGCUGUGGUUCUAACCUCACACAGUAUGGAAGAAUGUGAAGCCCUCUGUACUCGUUUAGCCAUCAUGGUAAAAGGUACCUUCAAAUGCCUGGGCACAAUUCAGCAGCUAAAAUACAAGUUUGGAGAUGGCUACAUUGUCACUCUGAAAAUCAAAACUCCAAAGUCUGGGCUGCCUCCAGACCCUACUCCUGCUGAGCAAUUCAUACGCAUGAACUUCCCAGGGAGUUUACAGAGAGAGAAACACUACAAUAUGCUGCAGUAUCAGAUUUGCUCCUCCUCUCUGGCUAAGAUUUUUCGGUUAAUAAUCUCCAAUAAGGAAAACUUGCAUAUUGAAGAAUAUUCUGUGUCUCAAACAACUUUAGAUCAGGUGUUUGUGAACUUUGCUAAACAGCAGAUGGAGGAUGAGGAAAUUCCUUUGCAUCCCCGUGCAGCUGGAGCCAGCCGAGAAGCAAAGGUGUCCCCUGCUUUGCAUCAGCAGGCAGUUGCAUAGACUAUUCCUA